AUGUCUCGACGUGAAUUAUACAGUUAUCGUUGGGAUGAUACAAAAUGGGCUAUCGUCACUAAAUUAUUUCAUUCCGAAUUAGAAUCCAGAUCAUCAGUUAAUACUGCUACAAAUGUAGAAAAUACAGUGCCAAAAGUUAAGGAACCAAUUCGAAUAGCUACAUUCAAUAUACUUGCAGAUUGUUUUCCAUGGUUUGUUGAAAUGACUAUUCGAAGUGCUGAAAGAUAUGAAUGGCUUUGUAAUGGUAUCAUUAAUCUCAAUUCCACUAUAAUUGGUUUAAAUGAAGUUACUAUUACUGCACUACAACGGCUAAAAGAAUGUUCAUUUAUUCGUGAAAAUUAUUUUAUAACAGACAUAUUUGAUGAAAAUAAUAAUGAUAAUACUAAUCCUCUUUUUCCUCAUGGAUGCGUCAUUUUAAGUAAAUUACCAUUCAUUGAAGUAUUUGCCAUAUCUGUAACAGGUAGAAAACGUGAAGCUAUUGUUGGAAAAGUUCAACUUGGUAGUACUAUAGAAACUUGUGUAUAUAUAUGUGCUCAUCAUGCAACUCCAUACAAAAAAGUACAGAAUGCUCAAUUACGAGCACAACAAAUACGUGACGUUAUUGAUAUAUUAGAACCACUUAAUCAUCCAUUUAUUAUUAUGGGUGAUCUUAAUCUUUAUUAUGAAUUUGAAGAUGCAAUUGUUAUUGAUAAUAAAUUGAUUGAUGCAUGGGCACAAACACAUUUUUCUGAUAAAUAUCCAUUUAAUGAUAAAAACAUUGGUUAUACAUUUGAUGCAUUGAAAAAUACUUUAAUUCCUUAUUAUAUACCUGGAGCAUGUAGACAAAUGCGACUCGAUCGAAUUCUUUUUUCUCAUGGAUUCCCAGCAUUUGCCAUAACACCAUGUAAUAUGUGGGCCAAUGAACCUAUUAAAGCUGACAAUUAUCUAUUUCCAAGUGAUCAUUUUGGACUAUAUAUUGAUUUUGUUCUCGAAAAAACUGAUAAUAAUGAACAAUCGGAAACAACGAUGAUGUCAUUGAGUAAACCGGAUCCAUCGGCUGAAGAGAUUCUACGUCAUAAUGCACAGAAUAAUAAUGAUCAAAGACCAUAUCGUCUUGGAUUAAUACGAACAACAAAAGCAUUAAUAUCUCAUGUUUUUUGGCUUGGAGCUGUAGCCCUUGGUCUUAAAUGA